AUGACGACGCAACCUAUUACUGCGACGGCCCCACAGGGCGUGCCUCGCUCGUCCUUCGUCGACACUUUCGAGUCCCAACCUGGUACCCCAGGAAGCAGAACCGGACAUGUCUUUCCUUCCAUCAACCGCAUCAGAAAGAACCUCAAUGACACGACAGGUGGUCCCCUCAAGAAGCUCAUGGUUGCUAACCGCGGUGUGAGUAGUCGCUCUGCGUGUUCUCGGAUGUCUGAGGCCUGCGAAAGGCUUGCGAGAGCUGCCAUUUGCAAUGCUGCGGGCAAGUACUCAGACUUGAGCCAAUGACUGCGAGCUGAGCACCCGAGCCAGGGCUUGCAGAGGCGGGCAGAUGACGGCGUUUGCUGCAAGCAGGCGGUGUAGAUAUGUAUGGGCCUGAUCGAGACGUGAGGCUACUUGGGAUCGCAAGGAAACCCGCAACAAUGCCUUAGAAUAGCCUGCUUUCCAGCGGCUGAGCGAUAAUGGGGCAGGGCGCUGACUAUCGCCUUGCUUCGAUGGUCUUAUUCAACAGGAAAUUUCGAUCCGUAUCGUCCGCAGCGCGCACGAGCUUGCCAUGACCACUGUGGCCAUCUACUCUUUCGAGGAUCGCUACAGCGCCCACAGAUACAAGGUGCGUCUCUUACGUACCGGGUCCGGCUCAAAUUGCACUUCCUAAUUUGGUGCUGUACCUCUCGCCUUUGAUGUUCCAGGCAGAUGAGGCAUACCAAGUCGGUGCAGGUCUUUCCCCAGUGCAGGCGUACCUCGCCAUCGAGGAUAUCAUUCGCAUUGCUCUUGAGCACGGCGUAGACAUGAUCCAGUGAGUGCAACCCGUCAAGGUCCCAUCUCAUAGCUUGGCAAGCCUGCUGACGAGCACUCCGCGCUUGUAGCCCUGGCUACGGUUUCUUGUCCGAAAACCCCGCAUUCGCCAAGGCUGUGGAGGAUGCUGGUAUCGCAUUUAUUGGCCCUCGCCCGGAGACCAUCGAUGGGCUUGGCGACAAGACGAAGGCUCGUGAUCUUGCUCGCAAGGCUGGUGUACCCAUUGUACCUGGAACCCCCGGGCCCAUUGAGGACUACCGCGAGGCUGCUGAAUUCGUCAAGGAAGUCGGCUUCCCAGUCAUCAUCAAGGCUGCGAUGGGCGGUGGUGGUCGUGGUAUGCGUGUUGUCCGCAAGCAGGAAGAAUUCGAAGAGGCCUUCUCGCGGGCGAAGUCGGAGGCCAAGUCUGCUUUCGGAGACCCCACUGUCUUCAUCGAGCGCUUCCUCGACAGGCCUCGCCACAUCGAGGUGCAACUCCUCGCAGAUGGAGAAGGAAAUGUCGUGCACCUCUUUGAGCGUGAUUGCUCCGUCCAACGUCGUCAUCAAAAGGUCGUCGAGGUUGCGCCUGCAAGCAACUUGGUAGAUGAGACCCGUCAGGCUAUCCUUUCUGACGCUGUCAAGCUCGCCAGAACUGCAAACUACCGCAACGCUGGUACUGCAGAGUUCUUGGUCGACCAACAGAACAGACACUACUUCAUCGAGAUCAACCCUCGUCUGCAAGUUGAGCAUACCAUCACGGAAGAGAUCACUGGCAUUGACAUUGUCGGCGCUCAGAUUCAAAUUGCUGCAGGUGCCACCCUGGCAGAUCUCGGCCUGACCCAGGCGACGAUCCAAAAGCGUGGCUCUGCUAUCCAGUGUCGUAUCACGACCGAGGAUCCCUCUGUUGGAUUCGCUCCCGACACGGGUCGUAUCGAAGUGUAUCGCUCUGCUGGAGGCAAUGGUGUGCGUCUCGACGCCAGCUCUGGCUUUGCAGGUGCGCAGAUCACCCCGCACUACGACUCGCUGCUGGUCAAAGUCACUUGCCGUGGUGCGACUUAUGAAGUGACUCGCCGCAAGAUGCUGCGAGCUCUCGUCGAGUUCCGCAUCCGUGGAGUCAAGACCAACAUUCCCUUCCUCUUCCGCCUGCUCACUCACGACGCUUUCGCUGAAGCACGAACAUGGACCACCAUGAUCGACGACACCCCCGAGCUCUUCAACUUGGUCCAAAGCAAGAAUCGUGCUCAAAAGCUGCUCGCAUACCUCGGUGACAUGGCGGUCAACGGCUCCCCACUGCUGGGUCAGGUUGGCGAGCCCGGACUCAAGACGGAAAUCGAGAAGCCCCCCUUUACGGACCCCAAGGACGCUAGCAAGCCGCUCGAUGCGAGCAAGCCCUGCCUCGAGGGCUGGCGCAACAUCAUCGUCAACGAAGGCCCCGAGGCUUUCGCAAAGGCAGUGCGCUCCUACAAUGGCACACUGAUCAUGGACACAACUUGGCGUGACGCACACCAAAGUCUCUUUGCUACGCGUCUGCGCACCAUCGACAUGGUCAACAUUGCCAAGGAGACCAGUCACGUCCUCAAGAACGCCUUCUCGUUGGAAUGCUGGGGUGGCGCUACCUUUGAUGUCGCCAUGCGUUUCCUCUACGAGGACCCUUGGGAGCGUCUGCGCAAGCUGCGAAAGCUGGUGCCAAACAUUCCUUUCCAGGCUCUUAUUCGUGGUGCCAAUGCUGUCGGAUAUACUUCUUAUCCCGACAACCUGAUCUACGAGUUCAGCAAGAAGGCAGUCGAGAAUGGUCUUGACAUUUUCCGUGUCUUUGACUCGCUCAACAACCUCGACAGUCUCAGGUUGGGUAUCGAUGCAGCCAAGAAGGCUGGUGGUGUUGCCGAAGGCACCAUCUGCUACACUGGUGACGUGGCCAAUCCCAAGAAGCAUCCCAAGUACACACUCGAGUACUACCUCAACCUCACCGACGAACUCGUCAAGGUUGGCAUCCACAUUUUGGGUAUCAAGGACAUGGCUGGUCUUCUCAAGCCCGCUGCUGCGCGCAUGCUGGUCGGCGCCAUCCGCAAAAAGUACCCUGAUCUCCCCAUCCAUGUGCACUCGCACGACACGGCUGGUAUUGCCCUGGCAUCCAUGAUUGCAUGUGCAGAGGCCGGCGCAGAUGUUGUCGAUGUCGCCAUCGACUCCAUGUCAGGUCUCACAUCUCAACCUUCUAUGGGCGCUCUCGUCAGCGCUCUCGAGCAGACCGGCCUCGGACCAGGCAUUCGUCACGAGGACAUCCAGAACCUGAACCUGUACUGGACUCAAGUCCGUCAAUUGUACUCGUGCUUCGAGGCCAACGUCAAGGCUUCCGACUCUUCCGUCUUUGACCACGAGAUGCCUGGUGGACAGUACACCAACUUGGUGAGUGCGAGCUUUUGUGAACCCAUGUCGUACCCUUGCUGAUCAUGUUGUCUUUCACUUCUGCAGAUGUUCCAAAGCCAGCAGCUCGGUCUUGGAUCGCAAUGGAAUGCCAUCAAGGACGCAUACAUUCAGGCAAACAAGCUCCUCGGUGAUAUCGUCAAGGUCACGCCCUCCUCCAAAGUGUGCGGCGACCUUGCACAAUUCCUCGUCGCUAAUAAGCUGACCCCUCAAGAGUUUAUUGAGAAGGUCGACAAGCUCGAUCUGCCCUCUAGCGUCUACGAGUACUUUGAGGGCCGCCUCGGUGUCCCGCCUGGUGGCUUCCCCGAAUUCCGAACGAAGCUGCUGCGUGGUCGACCUGUGAUCGAAGGCCGACCAGGUGCGGGCCUCAAGCCUGUCGACCUGUCUGCCAUCAAGAAGGAAUUGACAAAGAAGUACGGCAAGACAAUGUCUACUUGCGACGCAAUCUCCCACGCCCUUUAUCCCAAGGUGUUUGAAGAGUACCAAGACUUUUUGGAAAACUACGGCGAUCUGUCAACCGUGCCCACCAGAUUCUUCUGCGGCAAGCCAGACGUCAACGAGGAAAUCCAAGUGUUUAUCGAGAGCGGUAAGAUGCUCAUCGUCAAGCUCCUGGCCGUUGGUGCCGUCAGCGACAAGGGCACUCGAGACGUCUUCAUGGAGCUCAACGGAGAGUCUCGUGUGCUGACCAUCGACGACAAGAGUGCAGCAGUCGAGCACGAGACGAGGGAGAAGGCGGACAGCAAGAACCCCGGCUCUAUCGGCUCUCCCAUUUCCGGUGUCAUCAUCGAAAUCAGAGUGAAGGAGGGUCAGCAAGUCAAGCAGGGAGACCCUUUGGCCAUCCUCAGCGCCAUGAAGAUGGAGACCAACAUCUCUGCCCCAGUCAGCGGAAAGGUCAGCCGCAUCGCCGUCAAGCAGAACGACUCGGUCGCUGGCGGAGAUCUGGUACUCCUCAUCGAGCACUAG